AUGGAGUCCUCUGAUUUAGAAACCCUCAGAAAUUUCUGGGGGAAGGAUAGGGUCUUGCUAAUUGGUAUCGACUUAGGAACCACGUUUUCCGGCGUUUCUUAUGGCGUCUGGAAGGAUCCAUCUGUUAAUGGCAAUGUGUCCCCGAACCCAGUUGUUUGUUGGCCUGGCGUGGGCAACUUGUCCACGAAAAUUGAGACAGCAGUCUCAUACGACGAUAGUGGCGAUUGUUCUUGGGGAUGGCUUGCUCUAGAACAGCCGAACGUCAUGUCAUGGUUCAAGCUACUGCUGCCGGGUGAUGGCGAACUCCACUUCAAUGUUAACGACUUGAAGGAGGUCCAGCAGGCAAAAGCUACCAUGCAAAGGCUGGGAAAGCGCUUAGUAGAUGUCGUUGGGGACUACUUGAGAAUGAUCUUCCAGUAUACUCUCCAGUACAUACGUCAGGAGAGGGGGGAUGUAGCCGACGUAUUGCCCUUCCAUAUUAUAUUCGCCGUGCCUGCUAUUUGGAAGGAGAAGGCAUUGGACUACAUGAGACAAGAUAUAAGACUCUCCUGUAUUACUAACGCUCGUCCCAAUGGGGUCGCUAAGACAACGUACAGAUUUGUCACCGAACCCGAAGCAGCGGCAAUGGCGGUUGUCCCUGAAUUCACCGAGCCUUUCGAAAUUCGAGAGGUUGUGGAAGGCAGUGGAGGACUUUGUGGAGCAGCCUUCCUCGAUAACUCAUUUCGGAACUUCAUGAAGAAAAAGAGUUUGGACGAAGGAUUGAUCUGGGAUGAGCUGCACCGAGAAGAUCAGCUACAUGUCCUGACAGCCUGGGAGGGUCGUAUCAAAAAUGACGAGGUCCGUACUCUAUUCGACUCACUCAAGCCUGAAAUCGAGAAGCUAGUGAGACGCCAAGUAAUAGCCGUCCAAGAGAAGACACUGCGUCCCCCAAAGUACAUACUGCUGGUGGGCGGCUUUGGACAAAGUCCCUACCUCUAUAACUCUCUGAAGCGUACCUACAAUGGACACGUUACGGUUUUCCAGGGCAAAGGGAGCAGCCCUUCAUCCUGCGUUUCUCGGGGUGCAGUGAUUUGUGGGAUGAAACAACAAGUCUUAAUACACUCCCGAAUUUCGCGUUUCAGUUACGGAUUUGUUCUCGACAAGCCGUUCGAAAAGGGAGUCCAUCACAAAGAUGACAAGUACUUCGAUGAGUCAAGAGGGUACUAUAUGGCACAGGAUCAGAUGGAAUGGCUUGUCAAACGGGGUGAUGAUGUGGCCAUCCGCGAGCCCCAGACGUUCUAUUACGAGCGACGCAUAGACCAUAGAGCCCGAGGACGCCGGGAGUUCCGAGAAGUGAUUUGGGAAUCUAGAAGCAGCAAACCAUCUAAUCGUAAAGCUGACCUUGAUAACGACGAAGAUUUUAUGGUAGCGAAGUCUAUUCUCAUCACGACUCCCCCGGUCGAACAGCUUCCGAAGAUCAAGCACGAAGGAACCCUGUGGUACUUAUUCGCGUACGAUCUGAAGGUAGAGGUUUCAGGAGCUUCUAUUAAGCUAUCAGCAAAGUGGACCAAGGACAGGUCGGUAGAGCUGAUUGCAGAGUGCGUCAAUGUUGUUGUGGGCGCCUAGGGGUAGGAAGGAAGUGGUAUGAUGACGCGUUGCAGUUGAUGGAUUGAUAGUUCACU